AUGCCUACCCAGCCCGAGGUCUGGCCUCACCGGGACUCGUGGCCGCCGACCCUGGUGCGCCUCGGCUCCUCGUCCAGCUCCAAGAAGAGAGCCUCCUCCGGCCCGCGGCGCGACGACGAUGAGCCUCGUCCGCUGCUCGAGGACAUUGACGAUAACCCACUCACAUACUUCCUCACGCCGCCUCCCCCAGGCAUCACCGAAGACGACGAUGACAUGGACGUACACAUGACGGCCGACGAGGACCUCGACUUUGACGCCGGUAUUGAGGAUGCAGCACACCCGCGCGAGCCCGUACGCAGCGUCAGCCCCUCGAGCCUCAGCGGGCUCCGCAGCAACAACAGCAGCAGCAGCAACCAGCUGUUCAAGCCCCGACGCACCGGGUCCCCAGAUCUGGACUCGGACGGGCUGACGACGGACGAGGACGACGAGGACGAGGACUACAUACACUUCUUCUCGCCCGGUGGGCCGUCGCGCCUCGCCGCCCUGCGCAACAUUGGCAUCGAUGGGCUGCGGCUGCGCUCGCAGAGCCCCCCCGUCCUCUCCCACACCGGCGGGCCCUCGUCCCCUCCGCGCAGCGGCCUGUUUCGCCCGCCGCUCAGCAGCAGCACCCGACCCGGGCGGGGGCUGCUGUCCCCUGCGUGGUCGUACCCGUCGCCCGCGCUCCCGUCUCCGUCUCUGUCUCUGUAUGCGUCCCCGUCAUCGUCGCCGCCGCCUCUGCGGGGUCGGUCGCACGUGGCGCGCCCGCGGUUCGGGCAGCAGCGCAGCGCGUCGGCCAGGGCGCGGCCGGGGGGGCGUCUGUGGAGGGAGCCGAGCCCGGACGUGUGGUCCAUCGAGGAGGAGACGGAGGAGGAGAUGGCGAGAAGCGAGGGGGGCGGGGGCGAUGAUGCGGUAAAGAAGACGGCUGCGAAGCCUAAGAAGAGGGUGCGAUUCGUGCUGCCAGACGCAGAAUAG